CCAAAGUGCACCUAUUGAUGAUGAAAUAUGCCAAAAUCUAAUAGAAAGAAAAAAAAGAUUAGCUACUACUGUACUACAAUUUCCUCAAAUCAACUCCCUUUAAGACUACAUAGAAAUUUCAGUGUAAAUUGUGACAAAGAAAUAUAGUAUGGAGGCAAUUAAUGCUGUAAGAUUGACACCUCUAUCUGUUCUUUCUGAUAGGAAAAAUGAGGCCAAGAAAAUCCCAUCACACCCCAUUUCUUUCCCAUUCAAGAAUCUUUGUUCAGUUGAGAAUUUAUCAAGAAAUGUUCAAGGGGGUUUACUACUUGUAUCAUCAGUUCUAAAUACAGGCUUAGCUAAAGCAUUAACAUAUGAGGAGACAAUUGAACAAUCCGAAACAAUCCCAGGUGCUGAGUUUGAUGCAACUGCAGUUGUGGAAACUGUGACCACUUUUGCAUCAGAGAAUCCUAUUAUUAUAGCUGGUGGAUUUGCUGCUUUGGCUUUGCCAAUUGUUCUGUUUCAGGUUCUUGGAAAGCCUCCUAAGUCAUGGGGUGUUGAGUCUGCCAAAACAGCUUAUGCAAAAUUGGCAGAUGAUGCAGGUGCACAGUUGCUUGAUAUAAGAGCAACUGCAGAAUUGAGGGAAGUAGGGACUCCUGAUAUUAGGGGUUUGAAGAAAAAGCCAGUUACUGUUGUUUAUAAGGCUGAAUAUAAGACUGGUUUCUUGAAAAAACUGUCUUUGAAGUUUAAGGAGCCUGAGAAUACUACAUUGUUCAUUCUAGACAAAUUUGAUGGGAACUCUGAACUGGUUGCGGAGUUAGUCACAGAAAAUGGAUUUAAAGCUGCUUAUGCAAUUAAAGAUGGUGCUGAAGGACCCCGGGGAUGGCUGAACAGCAGCCUUCCUUGGAUUCUUCCUAAGAAAACAUUGGGUCUUGAUCUGAGCAAUCUGUCUGAUGCUCUUGAUGGUGUUCUUGGGGAAGGUUCUGAUGCUGUUACUGUAGGCUUAGGUGUUGCUGCAGCUACUGGUCUGGGGAUUUUAGCCUUCUCAGAGGUAGAAACAAUUCUCCAAUUGUUGGGUUCAGCUGCACUUGUCCAACUGGUUAGCAAGAAACUCCUGUUUGCAGAGGACAGAAAGAAAACUCUGCAACAAGUUGAUGAGUUCCUCACCACUAAGGUUGCUCCAAAGGAACUGGUAGAUGAGAUUAAGCAAAUAGGGAAGGCUCUUCUUCCAGACUCGGUGAGUAGCAAUGCUCUACCUGCACCAGUAGAGGCAAGCCCUGCUGCAGCCACCAGCACUGUUGAGGAAACUGAAUCAGUUCCUAAGGAGGAUAUUGCACCGCCUAAAGUAGAAGCAAUUUCCCCGCCUACUCCAGAAGUCAGUUCAGUCCCUAACGCUGAAGUCAAAGCUGAUGCACUACCUGAAAGUUCUAGGCCACUCUCGCCUUAUCCUAAUUAUCCUGAUCUCAAGCCUCCAACAUCGCCGAUGCCUUCACAACCAUAGAGCUGGACAUGCAGGCUGCCAUAUAGCCUAGUUAACAACAAGCAUAGCUAGCUAUAGCCUAGUUUGGAAUGGAAGCUCCUACUCUGUGAAAUUUUGAAUGUUACAUAACAUUCAUUUGAAGAAAAUUUCUCUAGUGCCAGUAGAGAUCAUAGUUCUCAACACUUUAAUAUGUCUUGUAUUCCAUCUUUGUAGAAUAUUAUUGGAUAUUAUGUAGAUACAAAUCUUUAUCAGUUGUUUACAAAUAAAAUUACAUUUUAGGCAGAUCUUUGAGAGCA